AACGCGGUGUAGAUAGACAGUGAGUUAACGUGAGCCGGAGUUAACGUGAAGCUAAAUAUGAGCUGUCGUUUAAACAAUGUCUUCUGUAUGAGACUCGGUGAAUACUGCUACGUUUAUUAGGGUUUGUAACGUGAACGCGGAUGGCCGCGGUUCCAUCUGGGCCUGGUAGCGGAUCCCGGGCAGAGAUGAUUUCCUUCCCCGGGAUUCGGCGCUCUGUCCCCGGGGAACUGGAGACCAUCAGUGGGAAGCUGCAGGACUCGGGCGUGACAGAUACAGGACAGACACCGGAUGUGUGCGGAUGUAAACUGGACCCGUUCUCAGAACAGAACCAACAUUGUGAAACGUUCGUGCGACAGAUUAACGGCUUCAGCUGUAUCGGAUUGUCAGGUUUUAUCCACGAUCACAAACAGGAUGAGAGUUUAAAUGAACUUCAGUCCACCUCAGAUCACUGUGACAGAUCCAACAGCGACCCAAACACCAGCAACCCAGAGCACAAACUAGGUUUACCAUCUUACAUCCAUGAUGUAAACCAAAAGAUUGACAACAGUCAAACUCAUGGAAAUAUAGGACGUGAUCUUGGUAUUAAAGUCACAAAAUGUUACCUAAGGACUGAUCAAGGACCUGCUGUAGCAUAUCAGACUGUUUGUGAUGCUGAUGGACCAGUAAUAGAGAUGUGCAGGUUAAAUCUGAACCGUUCACCACCAGCCACAGAAGAGACCCAAAGUCAGGAUGUUGUGUAUGUGCACUAUGAGUCUGAACUUCAAAUGCCAGGCAUAAUGAGACUGAUAACUAAGGAUCUGUCCGAACCUUAUUCCAUAUAUACGUACCGGUACUUUAUCCACAACUGGCCACAGCUUUGCUUUCUGGCAAUGGUACAGGAAGUCUGUGUGGGAGCAAUUGUGUGUAAACUAGACAUGCACAAGAAGAUGUUUCGGCGUGGAUAUAUUGCUAUGCUUGCUGUGGACUCCGAAUAUCGUCGAAAAAACAUUGGUACUAACCUUGUGAAGAAGGCCAUCAAUGCUAUGGUGGAGGGAGCUUGUGAUGAAGUGGUUCUGGAGACAGAGAUCACUAACAAUUCUGCUCUGAAGCUGUAUGAAAACUUGGGUUUUGUGAGGGACAAGCGGCUCUUCAGAUAUUAUCUCAAUGGUGUGGACGCUUUGCGGCUCAAACUGUGGCUACGCUAAGCUGUCUGAGCCUCCCUUUCUUCAGUAUGCUCUCAGUCAGAACACAGUUUUGACUGGGCACAAUCAUUAAAGGCUAUUUUUGCUGUUUAAACAAAGUACAAAACUUGAUAUAUAUCUCUGUGAGAAUCAGGGAUCACAAAGGAAAAAAUCUCAUGCGUAGCGUUUGAAGUACUCAAAGAGUUACUUGGUAUAACUCUUAAGCAGUGCUUGAUCUCAGAAGUAUCAACAGGAAUCGAUCUAGCAGAUAAAAAUCAGAUUAGGCUGAAACAAAUAACUGACAUGAGACAUUUUGUGUUUAACUUGAGGCUUCAGUAAGACGUGUUUUGUUUCCAUUUUGUUUAUUGUUAUACAGUGGUUUGAACAAAGUACGGUUUUUUAUGUAGUGUGGUGUGUUUUUGAUUGCACUGAGGGGAUGCUGUGAGCAGCGUGUGCAAGUAAUGUGCUUACUGUUGAAGCUGAUAUGUGAUUUCUACAUGGGUGGAAGAGUUCCACUCUAUAUUAGUCCCAAAGCUGUCAUUUCCCCAUAAACUUUUGUUGAAUCAUGCAUCAAGUUUUAGAUUUAAUGAAAGAUUUAAUGAAAUAAAAGAGCAAGUAUACAUUGUGGAAAACAGAAUAAACACUUAUCAUGUA